GGCUGUAGGCCUUCCUGCUGUAGGAUGUGGAUUUAUUUGAGGCCAGCAGAGGUCGCUCAUUUUCUGGCCAUAGUUUGGAAAAGCACCUGUUGGCGCGAAUGAUCCACAAACUUCAGGCCAAUCCGGCAGAAACGGUCAGAUGUCAAUUAAAGUCAGGAUGGGCGGCUGUGGCGCGGCUCUUGUUCUGAGGGCAGCCUGGCCUGUGGCGCGCGGGCUCCGCUCUCCACGCCGCUGCGCUAAUCCGUUUAUGGAGCACCUGGGACCGUGGACGGCAAUAACAUGCGCUUAUCCGUCGCCGCCGCGAAACAUGCUCAUCUGAGCAAAGCAAUGCGAUAAUGCCCACAUCCCAGAGGACCAGAGGGGCACUUUACCCUCUGAUUGAACUGUCGGCGUCUCUGAGUUGAUAACUCUGACAUGACAGCCAGCGUAUUUGUCACAUUAGUCUGAAGGAAAUCGGAGAUUCAUAGGACUUUCUCGUCGUUUUAUUUAGGUUCUCCUCUUUCAGUUUUUUUUUUUUUAGCAACAGAACUUAAGUAUCUUUUUAAAAUUAUUUUAACUCAAAGUGUGUUCUUCUGUUUGAACAGUUGAAAGAUUUUUCUGUUUGAUUGAUCAGGGUUCUCUCUGAAUGAACGGGGCCGUUUGACUGACGUGAGGUUCUCAAUGAGCUCCUGCAAAGAAAAGGAACUUCAGUGACUGCGGGGAACAGAGGAGGAGCAUCUGAAUGUGAGAUGGAGAGAGUGAGUGCGUGUGAGAGAGAAAUGCGGAGUAAUGCAAGAGAAUGAGUGGGAUGGAUGGCUAUAUUGAAUGUCUCUGCGUUAUAAAUAACGCUUCUUCACAAUUGUAUUCGACUCCACAGACAGCUUUUACGGCACUCUCGGCGUCAUACCCUGCUGAGACCCCCGCAAGCUGCUCCUUUCAUUCUGUAGAGACUCUACUGUCCACAUGCAUACAAUAAAUACCUCUGUGCUGUGCAGCUUUUGGGUUUUUACUUAAAAGUUAGGGUUUGCAGAGAAUUCAUAUUCAAUACCAAUAGAUAAAGUUUGUGGCAGAACAACGCAAAAUGAAGCAACCCAAUGUUUCCCAACUUUGUUUCUGAAAGCUUCCCAACUCGUCCCAGUACAUUUUGGAUGUCUCCCUUAUCUGACACUUCCAUUUCAGGUCUUGGAGCCUCUAUUAACGAAUCUAAGAUGAUAAGGAAGACAUCCAAUUUGUCUAAGUUAGGAGGGCUUCCGUGAACGGUCGAGAACCCCUGCUCCAAACCACUGUUUUAAAGAAAGUGAAACGAAAUUAUUUCAGUUAAGAAAACGCCAGUAUUAUCUUCCAGAUUGCUCUCAGCAUCACAGUUUAUGUCUGAGGGUGUUAUCAGUGACACAUCCCCUUGAACUCCGGAGGUCAUGGCACAAGAAAGUUUUGAGAUCUGGACCAAUCAGAAAGCUUUCCCAGGUCUUUGGACCCUCCCUCCUUGACCAAUCACAGUCCUCGAUGGGUAGAAGGAGCCAACAACUCAACAACUGAUAAAAUGUUUCGCCACUGAUCACCGUUUCAAUCCACAACAACAAGUGUGUCAACAACAACGGAACUGAAGCUCUUAGAGUUUUAUCUUCCAAACCGAUUUGAGAUACACCACGACUGAAAACCUGGAUAUCCGUGAUUAACUACAGAGGAUUGGCUGCGACGUUUUGACUUUUGAAGUUGACUUUUUGUUUUCAGCUGAAGACUUGUUAUUUCAACGGUCCACUGACACUUGACGAUUAGCGCUUCUUCUUUGGAUAUCUCCACUUCUUCCAUCAAGUGCUCCGUGCACCCGUUUUCUUCUUGCAGAGGAGAUAUGACCGCAUUAGCGGGGGGCAUUUCCAGGAUGAUGCGCCCCACGCCACCCCAAAACUACCCGAGAGGAGGCUACUCCUUGGAGGUCUCCACGCCGUUAGGUCAGGGCCGCGUGAACCAGCUCGGUGGAGUCUUCAUAAACGGACGCCCUCUGCCCAAUCACAUCCGCCACAAGAUAGUAGAGAUGGCCCAUCACGGGAUACGACCGUGCGUCAUCUCCCGACAGCUGCGCGUCUCGCACGGAUGCGUGUCUAAAAUUUUAUGCAGGUACCAGGAGACCGGAUCCAUUCGGCCCGGCGCUAUUGGUGGCAGUAAACCCAAGCAGAGCGCAACUCCCGAUGUGGAAAAGAAAAUCGAAGAAUACAAGAGAGAAAAUCCAGGGAUGUUCAGCUGGGAGAUUCGGGAUAAACUACUGAAAGAUGGAAUCUGCGACCGAAAUAACGUGCCCUCAGUGAGUUCCAUCAGCCGCAUGCUGCGCUGUAAAUUUGGUGGAAACGGAGAUGAAGAUGAGGAUGAUGAUGAAGUUGAAAAAAGAGAGAUCGAGGAAAACGAAAGAAGAGCCAAACACAGUAUCGACGGGAUUCUCGGCGACAGAUCAAGCCACUCGGAUGAGGGCUCAGAUGUGGACUCAGAACCAGGUUUGCCCCUAAAGAGGAAACAGCGGCGCAGUCGGACCACGUUUACGGCCGAGCAGCUGGAGGAGCUGGAGAGAGCUUUUGAACGCACCCAUUACCCUGAUAUAUACACCAGAGAAGAGCUCGCUCAGAGAGCUAAACUCACAGAGGCACGAGUACAGGUUUGGUUCAGUAAUCGCAGAGCUCGCUGGAGGAAGCAGGCAGGAGCCAAUCAGCUAAUGGCGUUUAAUCACCUGAUACCUGGUGGUUUCCCACCCUCCGCGAUGUCAAGUCUUCAGCCCUAUCAGCUGGCGGACAGCCCUUACCCUCCCUCAUCUAUCUCACAAGUGUCGGAUCAGCCCAGCACUGUGCACAGGCCUCAGCCUCUUCCCCCCACCUCAGUGCACCAGACUGGGCUUGGCAGCGGACCGGGGGCCCAGGAGGGGAGUUCGGCCUACUGCCUCUCCUCUGGACGUCACGGCUUCUCUGGUUACUCAGAUGGCUAUGUGGCCGCGCCAGGCCAUGCAAACCCAGUGAACCCCACCAUCAGCAACAGCCUCCCAUCACAGGUGAUGGGGCUGUUGAAUCCGGGUGGAGUUCCCCACCAGCCGCAGAGUGAUUUUGCCCUCUCUCCGUUGACUGGCGGUUUGGAGCCCAGCACGGGCAUGGCUGCCAGCUGCCACUCCUCUCAGAGACUGGAGGGUCUGCCAGGCCUGGCCAGCAUGCCAACCCUGCCUAGCUCCCAGUCCUACUGCCCCUCCAGCUACAGUUCACCUGGGUACAGCGUGGACCAUGUGGCAUCUUACCAGUACAGCCAAUAUGGGCAGAGUAAGGUGCCUUUCAUUAUCUGAAACCCAGCAUCGAAUGAAGACAGACAGGAAGGAGAUGAAGAGAUCUAUGGAUGGUCUGACCGUAAACUCUUGCACUUGAGCUCUCCUUCACCUCUUGAAUGUUUGACCAAAACGACCAUCCAUCCUCAUACUCCCGCUCCUCACUGGGUCUGAGCGAGGAGCGUUGUAGAGAAGCCAGGAGUGACGGCGGUCCUCCCUAACACAUGUGGGUCCAAAGUGCGACUGAGUUGUUUUUACGAGGGGGGUAUUGUGGGGUAGGUUUGGGUUGGGUUUAGGACCAGGAUUGAGGUGUGUGGUGGACGGGUAAAAACCAAUCCGUACAUCCAUCCCGUUUUGGAGCAGGCGACUGCAUCACACAUUCUGACGACACUUACUGCCUCCUUCCUGAAGAGCGACAAGUCAUGGGACACACGGACAAAGGGAAAGGACAAAAAAGGACAAACUCAAAGACUGAGACUGUGCUUAUAAACGGCAUCGAAUGGCAGGGAAGAGUGUGGCGCCAUACUCUGAUAUCAGCUGUCCACUGACGGACGCACUUUAGUGGCUGGUUUGUGACACAGCUCGACGGUUGAGACACAUUUUUGUUUGAUAUAUUUAGGAAAUAAGGGCUCGGAAACGUCUGCCAACUUUCCUUGUUUCUCAUUCAUAAAUACACAAGAACAUGUUCACAUUCUGCACAAGUCAACGCUCUCAGGUCCUCUUCAGAGAGAGAAAGAGGGUGACCUAGAAGGAAUGCACUCAAGUGUCCGAUGGCAUUUCAGUCGUGUCAGAGAGAUAAACGGACUAAACGAAGAAGCGUGACCCCCUUUAUUACAGUUCAUCUGAGCACACACAAAAUAUCUUAGAAUGAGACAGAAGUGAUGUUCAGAAUGGAAUACUAUCGUAUCGCUUAUUGCAUACUGUAUACUACAGCAUAUACUAAAAUUGUUUGAGAAACAGAACGUUAUGCAAUGCUAAAUAUUUUAAAUUGUAGUAUGCAACCUUGUGAAUGCUGUUGCAGUUUAAUGUCAUUUAGUGUAAAACAUCUUUAAAUGAAUCAAGAAAAUUCAAGAGUUCAUUGGUCACAAUGGAAUAGGAAGGUCAAGUUGAACACAUUGCAUUGUGGUAUUGCGUAUUUCACAGUGCAAUGGCAAAUGUAGAAGGUCAUCUAGUUAGUUUUGCUUGCAGAUAUGCACACAAUAUGCAUACUGCAGAAGUAGAAUGAGUAGUAUGGUAGUACACUAUUCUGAACAUUCAGAGAGAGAAAACGAACCCAAUGAAAGUGCAAUACACACUCAAUACCUCAUAAACACUCGUCUGUUCUCACUCGCUCAAGAAGAUCAUCUGUUCUUAAACUCUGUGUUCCAGAUUAUGCAGCGUUUCAUAACGCUUUCAUUUUUACACUGCAGUUUUCAGACGAGCCAGAACUGAGUUCUUUGUUCUGUCUCUGUAACAUACUGUUCAUCUGCCUUCACAUCUUAAGAAUUGGAACAAUUAUUUUUUACCUUGUUUGUUUUUUAUACUUUAAUGUUUCUUGGUUCUCGACUGCAUAUAAUUGUUGAUGGAGAAUGUGUAAAAUGCAGCACUAUUUACUAUUUAUAAGAAAAAAUAAACAAAUUGCAUUCAAA